AUGAAGAACAUGUUUGUGCUGUAUUGCAUCGGCCUAGUAAUUCAUGCGCAAUGGUCGCUAGGCUGUAAAGGCGGAAAAGGUAAAUUUUAUUUAUUCAAAUGUAAUAUGGCGUACUAUGCAUGCAUAAAGAGACGUAGCGUAUUAACGCUAUUUGAUAGCAUAAUUAGGCAUAGUUGUUGACAGCGUACACAAAUUGAAUUCAGACAGGUGGAUGCAGUGGUUUCUGCACGUUCCGUGAUAUCCUGGCACGGUGCCUGUUCUAUCUCUUGAAAAUAAAACUGAAAUUCUGUAACGUGUACUUGAUUAGGGGUUGUAAUACUGAUUAAUCGUGCCGCAAACGUAAUAACUAUUUCGGCCACGACAAGAUGCUGGCCUACAAAUAAGCCUUCUAUGGUCACGGGCAACACCCGUACUCGGCAAAGCGUGACAAGCUAACUAGUUUGAUUUUAAAAUCGGUUUUCUAUGUUCUGAUAAAUUCAAAUGUUUUUUUACGAAAAGCAAGUAUAAAAUACCCCUUCUCGUACUUGCCAGGCAGCAAACCACGUAUUUUUUAAAUAAUGUACUCGAGAGGAAUUAUCGUUUUGUUGUGAAGGUUUUGCUAUUAUAAUAUUUGAAGGUAGUGAAAGUGUCCUUUAAAAUAGCUUAUUAUCCACGUUGACUCGACGCCUCGGUGGGAUUCGAACCUUUGAUAACAGGGGGAAGACUUAAGUAUAGCCAACGCUCUAGCAAUCUGUGCUAGGAGGUCCCACCGGGGAUUUGUGAGUUUAAUCAGAUUUGGGUUAGGUUGCUCGCCCAACCUUCUUCAACGUCUGAAAUCCAACGAAUAUCUAUCCAACUCACUUAAGUAACAGCGUAUUUUUUAGCAGAUUUAAAUAUGUCGGUGGCUCCAGUGGGAUGAAUAGUUUCCUUGAGAAGAAAGCGGAGGACACGGUCGAAUCCGCGAGGACCAUGCUUACAGGAACAUAAGUAGUAUCAGCCGUUAGAGGGGCGAGUGCGUCUGCGCAAAUAUAAAUUGGAAGCUGAAAUGACGUUUGGACUGCCAUUAUAUGUUCAUAGGCACGCUCAGAACCUGAAGGAGGACUGGUCGGCAAAUUGCGGGAGAAAUUGGCGACAAAAGUUCAUCAUAUUGAUGAACCCCUUUGGGCGACGUUUUGAUGAAAGAGGCAGGAAUUGCCAAAUGGGAGCGAUCCAAGAGGGAAGUGGGCGGGGGGGGGGAAGGCCAUGGAAGUCAACCGGACUGAGUGGCUGCCAGCAGAACGUAGGGUUCGGUCAGUCCGUUCGAGGCGGUCAAUAAGCAGGGUUAUGUACUGACGAUGUUCCUCAGCAUCCCGGAUUAAUCUUUGAGAAACAGUUUUGCUUUAGAGAGCUCCGGGAAUGACGUGAAGGCGAGAAAGGUUAACAAUCGGGAGAUGGCACCCAAAAAAAUCCGUUACCUAGAAAUAAUACCUUUAACAGUGGACUCAAACGCCUUCAGGCUAAUAUCAGCGGUGGCGGGCCUACUUUCACGCACUACUUGGACGUUCCCCGACGGCCUAACAUGGGCAGGCCGAACGAACGUCGCAGGAGGUUACAGGGACGAUGGUCGCUAUUACCCAACCUUCCUCAUCGUUACACACGUACACCUGAAUAUACGGCAUAUAUUCGCAUUAUGGCAGUUUAUUACAUAACAAAAACACUUUUGAAUAGGAUACGUCUGCACAGCAUGGGACAGCAACAGUUCCCAGGCAUCUGUCAAAGACAGGGCAUUGAGGCCAAACCAAAGACGAUACUGUACUUCGUCUAUGUGAGCCCACACAGCUCAACCACAUACAGGGCUUCCCUCGUAGAGUUUCCUUUUCAGUCUACUCCAGUAUGCCUCAAUGGCAUUGGUGUGUCGUCCGGUGGUAGAGUCCUUGAAUUUCUUUGAGUGGUUAGCAGAGAAAUGUAGAUAACCUUCUGAAGGAAGACGAUUAUACGCCUUCCACUCGUCCGUUAGCACUAUACUGCCUUUGGCGACCCCUUUUUUAAUAAAGGAACGGAGAGCGGGCCAAUAUCGAUCAAUCACCUGUUCAAAUAAGGCUUUCCGUCUGCUAGUAUCAUACAUCCCGACCAGCCACCACCCAUAAAACUCCUAUUGCCACCUGUCCCGUAAGACAGUCUGCUUUGGUUAGGCAGAUUUUUUGGGUGCCAUCUCCCGAUUGUUACCCGAGGAAGCAGGUGUCGAUCAGUCAUGGUGAUAUUGUUCAAAGCCCUGUAAUCGCCACCAGUCUGCGACAUGGAAAAUGCGGUGGACAUGUGUAGGGACUGCCAGCUCGUCAAAUUACCCCUUACUCAUUUUGAUCCAACUGUGAAUAAAUCAAAGUCCUUGGCGGGGUUCGAACUCUCGACACCAAGUGGAAGGCUUGAGUACAGCCAACGCUCUAGCUACCUGUUCAACGAGGCCCCACCGAGAGCUGUGAAUUAUAUCACACCUAUUAAUCUCUUAUCCGUCUGCUAACCGGUAUACUAAAGAAUCGCAAAAUUCUAUAAGCGCUAUAUGGUACUUUCUAAGGAACCUAUAGGAAUUCCCGGUGUCUGUUAAUACAACAGGUAGUUUUGACACCCUAAAUACAAGCAAAAUGGCAGGUCGGGUUCAAAAUUAUUCGGGAAGUGAGAGAACUUUGAAACCGAAAACUGCUAUUAAAAUGACGUUGGUUUAUGCGGCACGAUAGUUACUAUGAGAAAACAACCUUAGUAAUCUAUUCUAAUCGAAAACGUCUUUCAAGAUUUCGGUAAUAUUUAAUGGGACACGCCACCUACUCUACUCAUAUUCGCACUUAUGCGUUCAUUUCCUUUAUAUCAAGCGUGAAGUAACAGUUUGGACUGGGCGUUUACUCAUGCGAUUUAUAAUGCGUGUCAGCGCUCUUGACAGUAGCGGUCUUAAGUAGCAUGACAUUUUCCCAUUGAUUUCAUACAUUUCGUAGAAGCACGCAUAAAAAUAUUGAUUCUUAUACUUAUUUGGUAGAAAAUUCUGACUUCUUCAAAUUUUAUACUUGAGGAAAGGGUAAAAUUCGGUUUUUGGAAACUUUUCCAAUUCCCAAAUAUUUUUGAACCCAACCUGCCGUUACAAUUGCAUUCAGAAUUUUCAAAAAACAAGCUUUAUGUUUUUAGCAUACGAAAAACCAUACACUUCUCUACGGUAGUAAAGGGAGACAGUAUAGGGAUUCACAAAAUCUGUCAAUUAACUAGAGGCAUAUUGUAAAUGUUAAAAGCAACAUUAGUAGAUGCAGAGAGACGAUGAUUUACGAACGAGCAUUUCACAAUCUCAAAAAUUUAAAAAUUUGAAACCUUUUAAUGACCAAAUGAUACCCUUUAUUCAAGUAUAAACUUUGAGAAGACGUUAUUUUCUACCAGAUGAGUAAAAGAGUGAACAUUUUUAUGCAGGCUUACUGAUAAAUAUAUUUGAAUUUAUGAGGGCAUCGAAAAUCAAUGGGAAAAUUUCAUGCUACUUAAGCAGUCCUUGUUGCCGAGUGUAAUUUUGCGAGCGGCCAGAAAGAAGUUCGUUCAAAAGCCGCAUCCUGAAUUAGCUGAAUUUUUAUGGGAUUAUGCUAGACGGUGGUUAGUAUUGCAGUCCUACUUAAUCAAUCUUUUCGAAAUUUCGGUUAACACUACAUGAGUCAGCACACCUACUGUACUAUCUCUGUAGUAAUUUAUUAGCAAGUGUGAUUUUUAGGCCCCAAAAGCCGGCGUUCCGAUUUCCGAAUAAUUGUGAACCCGACCUGCUGUCAUACUUGCAUUCAGGGUUUCCACACUACAAGCUGUAUAUUUUCCGCUUACAGAAAAUCAUAUAUUUCUCUACGGUAUUAAGAGGAGACCAUUUGAGGUUCAUAAAAUUUAGCAGUGUCUUUGAGCCAUAUUGUUGACUUUACAAGCCACAUUGGUGAAUACAGAGACAUGACGUUUUAUGGACGGCCAUUUCACGAUAUUAAAACGUCUCACACUAAGAAACUUUUUGAAAACCGAAUGUAAUCCUUCCUUAGAGUAUAAAAUUGGAAGAAGACGUAAUUUUUUUACCGGCUGAUCAAAAUGAAGAAUGUUUUUGCGUAUGUUUUCCAUGAAAUAUAUUUGAAUUGUGAUUAAUUUCACAACCCUACUUAAUCAAUCUUUCCGAAACAAAAACACGUAUGGGAAAUUCGAUUAACAUUUAAUGAGUUAGCUCACGUACUGUAUAUGUUCUAAGUCGCUCUUAAUAUUACUCGAGUAGGUCAAAAGGUAAUCUUUUAUUAAUAAAUGAAUCGUUUCAAGCAAAAUGUGCUCAUUUGAUUGUACCAUCAUUUCCAAGUCUACACUUUAGAAACCAAAACCCCUGAAGCGGUCGAAUGCAGAGACGACUUUUUUGAUAGCGCCAUAAGGGCGUUUAAUACGAGGCUAAGUUCAGCUGCGAUAUAUCCCAAAGGUUACCCAGUUCAUGUUCAGUUCACGAAAUCGACACCUUCUGCCUGCUGUACCACCUCGACCCUUCAUAACGUGGAGGAACACGACUGCUCAGACGUUUCGCUUUCGGUAGAAUUUUUCGUAAAACACGUACGUGCCUUCAUAAAUUCCGGUAUACUCUCUAAUUUCAAGCACCCACUUCCGACCUAGCAUUCGGUACGUGGAUAUGUGCUGCAAUCGAGUACUUGACCAUGUUUUCCUCUGAUUUACAGCGAAAGAACAUGUAUGACUACAGUUUCGUGACGGAAUCAAUGGCAGCAGCAAGCGUACUGGCCAAAUUUUGGGGCAUCCUGAAUCGUGACAGUUUGGAGAACAACUGCACAGUUGAUUUCUUCGUGGGUGUGAAACUACCCGAGCCCGUAAUCCAGAAAGUGAGGCUGUCUACUGGAGUCAUCUUAUCAAGCGAAUUGGAAGACGUACUCGCUGAGAGUCUUUCUCUACUGAGCAAAUGGAUGCCCAUAUCCUGUUAA